GUAUUUGCAACCAUUGAAUAACAAGUAUUUAAUAAUAAAAUACUAAAUAAAAUAAAAAAAAACAGCAAAUAAUAAGUGAAACCAUAAUUCAAAAAACGAUUUAACAAAACAUUAUGUUAUGUCUUAAGACUUGAAUUGGCGGACAAUUAUUGUAUUAGAUCCAUUAUCAUCACUACUAUCACUAUUACCGUUAAAGAUAUGCCACACGACUGUAUUAACCAAAUCGAUGACAAGCUAUUCCUCGGCAGUCUGGAGGCGGCAACCAAUCGGACAUUGUUGCAACUGUACGAAAUCAAAUUGGUGAUCACUGUUAUGGACCGAUCAGUUAAAAGUGGUGACACCGACAACGAGAUCUGCUACUAUCAUAUCAAUGCCAAAGACUGCAAGACUACCCAACUGUUGGAUCGUUUCGAAGAAACCUAUCAGUUGAUUGCCGACACACACGGCAUGGAUCGCGGCGUUUUGGUACACUGUAGGGCCGGUAUCUCUCGCAGUGCAACACUGGUCACUGCUUUUCUCAUGAAACGCUACCGUUUGCCCUAUUCGGAGGCCAUUCGAGUGGUCCGUUCGAAGAGGCCGUCGGUCAACCCGAACGCCGGUUUCGUUACACAACUGCAACUCUACGAACGUAUGAACGACUUUUCGUUGGACGCAAAUCGGCCACAAUUUCGCCAAUAUCUGUUGAAAAUGUAUACACCGUUAGGUAUUUACAAUUAUCUCGAACGUCGAGCACAAGUAGAACGGGUGGCCACUGUGUCGGCGGCGGCAACGGGUCCCUACUAUCUAUGCAAAUAUUGUUCGUACAGACUGUACAAUGAGAUUCAUGUUAUCCAAAACGAUACGCCAAAGACCAUCGACAACAACAACGACGACGACAAGUCAAAUGUAUGUCAAAGUAAUGGCUGUUCUGAUGUGUUCAUUGAGCCGCAAGACUGGAUGAUUUCGGCUAACAAUUAUAAGAAAUGGUCGGCCAGUCCGUCGAUGUACGGCCGGUGCAGUCCAGCGGGCGUUCAUCAAGUCGUUUGUCCCAAAUGUAGUCAAACAAUUGGUUCAUACAAUCCGAUUAGCUAUCGAUGCAAUUGUUGCAAACAUUUUAAUCUCAGAUGUCUUGAGUUCAAAAUCGACAACAAUUUGGUGGUCAAGAAGACUGACUGAAGAUCUGAUCUCAUCAUCAAAUAAUUAUCGCCAAAAAAAAUACAAAAAUUAAAUUCU